GACGUUAUUUUUGCGUUGGCACUAUAAAGCCCCUCCCCUUUCUUCGUCACAUCCUCUUUCAAGUUGGUGUCGCUUUAGUGACACAUCUCCACAAGAUGAGAGCAAAGUGGAGGAAGAAGCGUAUGCGCAGGCUGAAGCGUAAAAGGCGAAAGAUGAGGCAGAGAUCUAAGUAGACUGGCCCAUCCAUACCCUACAGCUGUGAUCUCCAAGCCCUCUCUGGUGACUGAAGUCUGCAGUCCAUGAUGUGCCAAGAGCUGAACGUGGUCGUCUGAAGCAAAUGUUGCAAUGGUGUAAAGGACAGAUCCCGGCUACCAAGUCUUCUACCCAUCAAAUGGCUGCUGGCUGACGACCACUGGAGAAUGGCGAGGAAGACUUGAGAAUUGAAUCUUCGGUCGUUUUUAAUUCUGGCCUUAUACCAUCUGCCCUGCACAGCUGAUUUGUUGUAAAGACCAUAAUAAAUCUUUGGUUUACUAACCACAGUGCUCCCUGUUAAUUGAUUUAUUGGUCAUGUCUUUCAAGCCACAUGCACCACGUGUGUUAGACCUACAGUAAAAUUCUUAUGUUAUGAGAACACGAGGAAACUCUUGAAACCCUGUUGCAGCUGCCCUAGGUUGACAAGCUAUCUACAGCUGUGGAGUAUGAAAUGGCUUGAGGUUUUGGGUAAGGGUAGCCCUUGGGAUUAUUUUUUUUUGGGGGGGGUAUAAUACGAUCGUGCUUUGUGUCAAACAAUGGCGCCUGUUCAGUUGCACAAAUGUCAUUUAAUAGUACUUUGAAAAAUAAAAUUGCUUAGGGUUUAGAUCAAAUGAACAGUCGGUUUCGGAGCUCUUAUCUAGUGGACUCCGGGGCCAAACUAAUGGGAACAUGUCUAGCACUAAACUAAUUCCAAGGCCCAAAAUGCAUAAUUGUGGGAAGAUUAACUCCAUCCACUUGGGCCCGACAGUGAGUCGUUUUGGAUGCUUACCCUGCUAUAGAAAACCACAGGCUAUGGCCGACGACCAGGGUGGAGGCGACAAUAUCAACGACAUGGGCAAUCGGCUGCAACUCUUACCCGAAAAUGAAGAGAUGGAGACAGAGGAUGCAGAAAAACCAAGCUUAAACUUUGACCCGAGUCUUCCAACUUCACAUGCUUACCUGGGUUCAGACAUGGAGGAGUUUCAUGGACGUACGGUGCACGAUGACGACAGCUGCCAGAUCAUCCCAGUGCUUCCAUUCACAGCUGUCAUGCUUAUCCCUGGACAGACCCUGCCGCUGCAGCUCUUCAGACCGCAGGAGGUCAGCAUGAUGCGCAACAUCAUCCAGAGAGACCGCACCUUUGCUGUGCUCGCACACAGUGACACAGGCGAGGUGCAUGCAGAGUUUGGGACGACAGCUGAAAUCUAUGCUUAUCGGGAGGAGCAGGAGUACGGCAUCGAGACUGUCAAAGUGAAGGCAGUCGGACGGCAGCGGUUCAAGGUCCAUGAGAUCAGAACCCAGGCAGAUGGGAUCAAACAGGCCAAGGUGCAGAUCCUCCCAGAGCGGAUCCUCCCGGAUCCCCUGACUGCAGUGCAGCUCACGCCCCUGUCUCGCCUCCACAUGCACCCCACCUCCAGACCCCCCGCUCAGAGCUGCAGACAGGCCCAGUGCUGGUGGGCCACCUACCGCCAGAGGAAGUUCCACUGUGCCAACAUGACAUCGUGGCCUCCCUGGGUCUACGCCCUCUAUGACUCUGAGACUCUGAUGAACAGAGUGAAGAGACAGCUCCAUGAAUGGGACGAGAACCUGAAGGAUGAUUCCCUCCCCACAAACGCUAUAGAUUUCUCCUACAGAGUGGCAGCCUGUUUGCCCAUAGACGAUGCCCUCCGGCUCCAGCUGCUGAAGAUAGGCAGUGCCAUCCAGAGGCUGCGCUGUGAGCUGGACAUCAUGGACCGGUGCACCUCGCUGUGUUGCAAGCAGUGCCAAGAUACGGAGAUCACCACCAAGAAUGAGAUCUUCAGCUUGACUCUGUACGGCCCCAUGGCAGCCUAUGUCAACUCCCACGGUUACGUCCAUGAGACCCUGACUGUCUACAAAGCCAGCAACCUCAACCUGGUCGGCAGGCCGUCUACACUCCACAGCUGGUUUCCAGGGUAUGCCUGGACGAUCGCUCAGUGUCAGAUCUGUGGCUCCCACAUGGGCUGGAAGUUCACGGCCACCAAGACGGACUUGUCCCCUCCUCGUUUCUGGGGCCUGACCCGCUCAGCGAUGCUGCCCCGCAUCCCCCAGACAGGUGGCCAGGAGGGGGACGAGGGCUCCCGCCUGCUCUGCCUGUGACAACAUGAGGACCUCCCCGCCACCCAUGUCGCCAACACACCCUGUCCACUGGCGAGGGCCUCUCCUUAGUACUCGGUGUCCCACCCAACCUCCGACAGCCAUGGCAGCAAAUCCCUCAUAUAUGGUCAUUCUGCCUUUGAAUGGCACUUUCUAACACACGCACACCCACACACACACACACACACACACACACACACACAGAGAGGAGGAAGAGGAUGGAGAGGUGUUUUGUUCCUGAGUGCAGUGACACUGGAGAUAGAAUGCGUUGCAUAUUGACAGAUGUAUAUGGGGAAUUGAGCAAGAGAUUUAUUCUGCAACACGGGCAAAUCUUCCCCAUAGCAUGCUACUCUGGACUUGUCUGUACUGCUGUCUCUAUCUAGCUCCUAUACUAUCUGUCACAGACACGGCACGCACUAGUGCAUUGCCAUACUAUCCACCUGCUCUAAAACAUAGGUGUGACUUUGCAUGCAGUAUCCAGCUAGGUGUGUAUAGGGUUAUAGACGCCCAUCAAGAGGACCUUUGGUCGCCAUAAUCUCUAAACAAACCAAUCAAUAGAAAGCCACUUGGGAUUCAGGUCACCGUUAGUUGUUGAUGUGUUUCUCAGAGAACCUAAUUUCAGCUGGAUCGGUUCAUGGAGAGAUAGACCAUGUAAAAUCCAGGAUUAGAGGUUGUUUGUAUAUGUGAAAGUAUGCUGCUUUUACAAGGAUGUAUCAUGCCUUUGUUUCAUGUGCGAGAUGUUUUGAUCAAUCGGUCAAGUGUAAAACAGCUUAUAUUUUCACAUGAAAGGAAUGCAUAGAAUGGAGGAAUCUGAACAAGAAGAAUAGGGGAGCAAUUGCUUUAUUUUGCCAUGAAUUUUGCCAUGUUUGCAAAUAUAUUCAUCAUUUGGUUUUCUCAUAAUUUCACAUUGUCUAAAAACAUAUAUGUACUAUACAUGUAGAGAUACUCGUUUCUAUUUUGUAACUGAUGGAGGCCCAUUUAACUGCAAGACACUGUGCCGCUGGUCAGUGAAGACUAGAGUUGGCUUGGUGCCGGAUGUAGACUUGAGGAAAGCAGGGCACAAGGCAGUGGAGCCAGAGAAUCUGUCAGUCACCAUGGUUCUAUGUGUGAUGUUGAUGGCUGGAUGGAGUGCCUAUGGUCCAAAUCAAUGUCUUGUUUGUUUGUUAUGUCAGUGAGCCACACAAUUAAAUGGGACAUUGUAUAAAUGAAA